CCCGCCGCCCCCCGGGCGCAGCUGAGGCCGGAUUGCGGUGGGGUUCGGGCGCCGGUCAAAAGACGGAGGAUUUGAGGGAAAUGGCGGUGCGGGCCGGGUGGGUGGUGGCGGUGGCGCGGGGGUCGGCGGCGGCGUGGCAGCGCGUGGCGUGCAACCCGGAGACGCUCCCGCCCGACCGCGUCCUCGCGCUCAUCUGCCUCGGGCCGCUCCACCUCCUCACGCGCCUCGCCGCCUGCCUCUGCGUCCCCUUCCUCGCCGCCAGCGCCCCCUUCCGCUUCGCCUCCCCUCGCCGCCGCCGCCGCCGCCUGCUCCUGCUCCCGGCCCCCGAGCUUCUGCUAGCUCCCUACCCCCCUUCCCCUUCCUCCGCUUCCUCGUCGUCGUCAUCCUCAUCGUCCGACGAUGAUGACGACGACUACGGGGGCACCGAGGACGCGGACGGCAUCCACCCUCACGUCGAUUGAGGUUGCUUAGGAAUAGGCUCUGGAAGAGAGAACUUUGGGCUUCAAUUUCAUAGACUGCACUUGCCUGCGAUACCUCGCGCAAAACCAUUAGGCCUUCUUGUCUCUUAGUCUUCAGGACCUAACAUCUUGUGGAUCAUCAUUGUUAAUAAGUUCAUGGGUUGGGAGCUACUAAAUGGACAUCGGAGAGCUGAAAAUCGGUUGACAUUGUCUGUAUAUUAUUGCAUUGUAUGUAUAAAGUGGAUCUAAUCGCCAAGUAGUGGUGAUGAAAUGUCAUCUGUGUGGUUGUGUACUCAGUAAGUCGAAAUGCAGUUCGAGAAUUCAUUUGAA